AUGUCAGCCUGGAGGACGCCAAACCCCAUUAAACAAGGAGUUACCAGACGGCAGGAACCCGACAACCCACCCGGAUUAACUGGGGACUGUAACGUUGUAGACCUUUUUAUUGACAGCCUGCCUGCGAAAGCCUUACUAGACACCGGGGCUACAGUAUCCAGUGUUAGCCAGGGUUUUUAUGAGAAGAACCUGUCACACAUACCUCUGCAGCCUAUUAGGGAGGGAUCAUUGGACAUUCAGGUAGCUGGUGGAGCCCGACUACCCUACUUAGGAUAUAUUGAGGUUACUCUGCAGAUAGACCGGGUACGCAGAGAGGAUGAGUCCAGAUGUCUCUUACUAGUUGUGCCUGACUAUGAUUUUAACCAGAUGGUACCAGUUCUACUCGGAACAAAUGUUCUUACCCAUUUUAUGGAAAGAUGUAGGGAAUGGUAUGGUGAGAGAUACUUACAACAUGCUCCUUUGACGACGCCAUGGUACACUUCUUUUCGCUGCAUUUCUCUUCGGGAAAAGAAGUUGGAGAGGAACGGAUAUUGCCCUGCGGUAGCACGGAGUGCAGAGUCCAGCAACAUUGUUAUUCCGCCCAACGGAAGGAUAGACAUACAGUGUAAGUUGGACAGGGAGGUUUAUUACCCGGAUGUCUGCGCCUUGAUGCAGCCCACUUCAUCUUCUGUCAUCCCUGAUGAUAUGGAUAUAGCACCAACGAUACUUACCUACCCUACAAUCAUGCCUGUACGAGUCCAGCACCCAUUACAUGGAGUGGUACCUGAGGAUAGGAAGGAGGAGUUCCCAGACAACUACCUCGACAGGGUGACCUUUAAUGUGGAGCUUGAUGAUGGAUUACUGAGGAGAGGAAAGGAGGUGUUAUCCUAUUUUCCAGAUGUUUUCUCUGCGGGGGACCUUGACCUUGGCCAUACUAUUGAAUUCCCUCAUCGGAUUGAACUUAGCGACCCUACACCAUUCAAACAGCGGCAUCGGAGAAUACCACCUGCCAUGGUCCAGGAAGUGAGAGAACACUUACAGCAGUUGUUGGCAUGCGGAGUUAUCAGAAGAUCAUGCUCACCCUGGGCGUCCGGUGUAGUCUUAGCCAGGAAGAAGAACGGAUCCUUACGCAUGUGUAUCGACUAUCGCCAACUUAAUCAGAGGACUAUUAAAGAUGCAUAUGCCCUCCCACGGAUUGAGGAAAUACAUGACUCCCUUUCUGGAUCAUCAUUCUUCUCCGUGUUGGACAUGAAGAGUGGCUACCAUCAAGUUGAGGUUGCUUAG